AUGUUUCCCCAGGACAAACUAUUCAUCGAUAUUGCGACGGCGUUCCGGCAGUACCCUGUCGACAAGUUUCAUUUUAUGUGCGCAACUGCCACGGCCCUGGACCAUGUCCACCGGACCAUCUCUGUAUCUUUGGCUGGGGACAAGGGCGUUGAAACAAUCAACUUCGAGGCGUUGGUCAUUGCGACGGGUGCGUCUACACCUUGUCCACUUCUGGGACUCAACGGCACCUACGAAGGUCUGCGGCAGAGCUGGGAGGACUUUCGCAAGGCUCUACCGCAAGCGAAGACUAUCGUCAUUGCAGGGGGCGGCCCGGCUGGAGUCGAAACUGCAGGAGAGCUGGGGGAGUAUCUCAAUGGUCGAGCGGGCCUCUUCAAUUCGACACCGGAGAAGCCGAAGGUGGCUAUCAGGCUAGUCACAGCCGGAUCCAAGAUUCUCCCUGCGUUGCGCCCGUCACUUGCCGAGAAGGCUGAGCAAUAUUUGGCACAAGUCGGUGUUAUUGUCAUCAAGAAAACUCGGGUUGUUAGUGUUGCCCCAAGCAAAGCUGGAGUUGAGGACGUCGGAAUGUCUGCGACCAUCAACCUUUCAAAUGGCCAGACUGUCAGCGCGGACCUGUACAUCCCAGCAACAGGGACUCGCCCAAACACCUCAUUCAUCGAUCCCUCGCUACUCACCUCUGAUGGGCGCGUCGAGACGAACCCGUCAACUCUCCGUGUUGACAAAGCGGGGCCGCGCAUCUACGCCAUCGGGGAUGUGUCUUCGCAUGCUCGUCCGGCGGUCCACAAUAUUCUCGGCGCGGUCCCGGUUCUUUGCGCCAACAUCAAGCGGGACUUGCUGCUUGCUUCGGGGAAAACGGAUGCGGCAGCCAAGGACGACCGAGUGUUCAAAGAAGAUCUGAGAGAAACGCAGAUGGUGCCGAUUGGGAAGAGUAAAGGCGUCGGCGCGGCGAUGGGAUGGCGUUUGCCGGGGUUCUUGGUGUGGUUGAUCAAGGGCCGAGACUAUUGGUUGUGGACUACGACAAAGCUUUGGGGUGGUGAACAGUGGGCUAAAGAGUCAUAA